UACCAUUGCUACAAAGUGCAGAGGGAUGCAUGGUUAUUCCUCUCCCCCCACUGUGCCUCAGUCUCCCUAUCUGUAAAAAAGGGAGUCCCAAGUUGGAGGUCCACGUGUGUGUCACAUCCCGAGCAGGAAGGGACCUCAGAGGCCCCCACCUCCUCCUUUUACAGACGGGGAAACUGAGGCCCAGAAUUGGAAGGAGCUUUCAUUUGAACCCAGGGCUCCCUCCCUCCCCGCCCCCCCCCGCUGGUGGGGGAGGAGCGGAGCCGGCACUAGGACCCCGGGGGGAGUGCGGGCGGCUGCGAUAAAUAUAGCACGCGGGAGAGGCGGGCGGCGGGGCAGCUCCGGACAGCCGACGCUAUGGACUGGGAGCCAGCAGCUCCGGCAGGAGGCCCGGCGGAGGCCACGGGCUCGGAGGCCGGACGGCGGAUCGCGCGGGUCACGCCGUGGCUGCUCCUAGGCCCAGCGCGUGCGGCCGCGGACGCGGAGCUGCUGGCGCGCGAGCGCGUCACGUUCUGCGUCAAUGUGACCCGGCAGCAGCCGUGCCCGCGCGCGCCCGGCGUGCGUACGCUGCGCGUGCCCAUCUUCGACGACCCGGCCGAGGACCUGCUGACGCACCUGGAGCCUUGCUGCGCCGCCCUGGAGGCGGCCGCGCGCGCCGGCGGCACGUGCCUCGUGUACUGCAAGAACGGCCGCAGCCGCUCGGCCGCCGUGUGCACCGCCUACCUCAUGAGGCAUGGCGGCCUCAGUCUGGAGCAGGCCUUCCAGGUGGUGAAGAAGGCCCGACCCGUGGCCGAGCCCAACCCGGGCUUCUGGGCUCAGCUGCAGAAGUACGAGGACGCCCUCCAGAAAAGGCCCCCCCGGGACUGACGCCCUCCAAGCCGCGGCCGGAGGCCGACCUUAGCGUGGCCUGUUCUCCCACCCGGGACCGUGUCCGUGGGAGCCUGGAGCAGACCCCGGGGGGAGGGGAGCGCCAGAGCCAUCCCUGGGGUUUGAAGGGCUACGGAGGUUUGGGGUACUCUGGAGCAGAAGUGUGACUUAACCAAAACGUUGAGGACCGCAGAGGGUACAAAAACCGAACCCUAAAAGUGAAGGCAGAAGGCCUGGGUGAGAAUCCAGGUUCUGGCUUCAGCUGCUUGGGGGGACCUGGAGGGAAACACUCUAUGCCUCAGUUUCUUUAUCUGUACAAUGAAGGGAGGAACCAAAUGGCCAUUCCCUCCAAGUUCUAGACCCUCCAUUUGGGCUGUUUUCUGGAAUCCCAAGUCAGGGGUGGAGAGGCAGGGUUGGGAGGAAUCACAUAGGGUCUUAAAAAACAAAAUCAGACCUUGACCUCGUGGAAGAACGGGUCAACAUCUUCUCAGUCUGAGAAAGUUGGCUGGGUCACUGAGAAAUCUGGUGACUUGCCCAGGAUCACACAGCCUGUUAAGUGUCAGAAACAGAACCCAGGUGUUCCCAACUGGGAGCCGUCAGGGCCAUCUUAUUCUCCAUUACCUAGCAGCUACCAGCCUUUCUGCUUGAUAGAGGAAUCUGGCCGUUGGCUCUCCAACUCUGAGUCUAGCUUCUCAUCUGUUAUGCAAACAGGCCAGAGCUGCGUUGGUGUUAUCCCUUAACAAGCCGGGUGAGCCUCAGCAAGUGGGCACUUUCUGCAUGGUUAGCCGUUUGUUAUUAUACACUCGAAUAUAGAAUAAUAGUAAUAUAGAAUAAUAUAUGGACUGUGAGACUGAGUCCAUGUCCUCUGUGCCACAUUGCAAAUGAAAUUGAAUAGAGAUAAAUGUUUUGU